GUACCCCCAUAUUUGAGUGGUACAAGUCGGUGACCCUGUAAUGACCUUUGUUGGCAAAAAUGGCGGCAAGUAUAAAAGUUUGAUGUGCUUUUCGGACGUUUUGCUUCUUUUGUCGACUGGAGAUUGACCAGCGUAGCUGCAGGGUGGGGAAUUACUAAUUCUUGUUGUCCAAGAACUGUCUGGACAAGUGUAGCUGACCAAAAGUGCCUGCAAAUGUAAGUUUGACUCGCCCAAAACAGAGCGACCGUAACGCUCGCGGGAACGGAUGCCGAAGAAGUUCUCCGAACGGAUAACGCGUACGCUGGAAAUUUCGUGAUGGAAACCGAAACGCUGUUCUCCUUGGAAGUCGUCGUGGAGUCUGUUCAGAUACGAGGUGUGGUGCAAUGCCGUCUCCCCGCCGUGGCCUUCCGCCUCCUGGACUUCCCAACCCUCCUGAUCCGCCAUGACGUCACGGAGGCAGCCCUGCGUAUGCGGGAAUUGGGCAUUAAGUCCGACCCUACCUGGGCACCAAUGGAGGAGGAACACGGUCAGACUGGACGGUUCGAGUUCGGCAAGGGAAAGUCAUGUCUACUGAGGAUGCGGCCAGAGGUUCUCCGUCAACAUCUCAGGAACAUCCCUCUCUACGUCAUGGUGAUUGACAGCUGGGAAGACGUGCCGCGAUUGGUCGGUAAUAGUUCAGUACCGCUGACGUCAUCCAUGGAACUGGUGUAUCAGGACAUCCAGACUGAUGGAAUCACGUCUCCCUCUGUGCAUGGAGAGAAGGGAGAGUUCCCUCUACACAACCUCAUGGGGACACAGAUUGGUACGGUGGAAAUGGGCUAUCGGCUGAUGAGUCUGGGAACCAUGCUGAUGCAACACGUUCCCAGGGAGGCGGUGAUGCAGCGACAAGGGGUCGAAGUUCGCGAGGAAAGACAAGCACCUAAAGAGGCUGAAAUAGAAACACCAGCCUCUAAACCAUCCGAGGGGGACAUUCUCGUGGCUAAAGCUACGCAAUACGAAUAUGAUCGUGUGGACAGCCCUCCUACUGUGGCCACCCAAACAGAAAGGCCGCUUAAACAGAGACAAGUCAAAGUAAAGGAAGAGGUAGACUCAAUGAGUGACAAUAAUAUCAUCUGCCCACCACCCCUCUUUUACAAUUCUAUGGCAGCCGAUCCACCACAGAAAGCACCAAAGCCAAAAUCAGCGCCACCUGCUGGUCGUGUAUCAUAUGACAUCGCAGAUUUCUACUCUGAAAUUGGAGAGUCACCUGAAGAAGAAAACCAAGAUCCCCAGACCAGAGGGAUUAAAGUUGAAAGAGGGGUACAAACUUCUCAAGAUGUGAAGGUACAGGCUGGCCACAAAGACAAUCAAGGCCCUCAGGUCAGUUUACCUGCUGGCCUUCCUUUACUCCGCCAGCUGUUUUCAGAGUUGUCCAUUCUAGAGAGACGUCCAGUAGGCAUGCAUGUGUUUGAAAGUCACCAUUCUACACCUAGAGAGGAGGUGAGAGUGAGGAUGUCUCGUCCUGAAACUGCACCAUCCAGACCACCUGCUCCUCAGCCAGUUCAAAAGACCAAGGAGAGACUGACUGCGCACCAUGGUUCGCCAUUGAGGGUUCGUCACCAGCCAUGUGCGCGAGGCGACCGACCCGUGCCAAAGACGAGAUCCUGGAUACGGCAGGUGCCGCAGGCUCCCGUGCGGGGACGGGGGCGGAGCAAGCUGAAGUACGGCAUGACCCAUUCCCUGCGGCUGCGCAUCCAGCAGUCCAACCCAGCAUGGCUGGAGAAGAUGGAGGGGCAGAGGACAUCACAGCAGCACGAAAUGGGCCAGCCAGAAAGACCUCCUCGGAGAUCACUGGAACAACUACAACAGGCAUCCCAAUGGCGACCGAGCGAACAAACCAUCACAGUGACAAGAAGACCAGGACAAGAGGAAGGCGUAAACAUUAGAGAGGUACGCAGGUUGGUAGGUGAGUCUGGUGUUCUGUUUGACAAAGCUGGUACACCCACAGAGAUAGAAACGACUGACGAAAAGCAUGUGACACAUAGGAAACCUGUACCAACUCCCAGGCAGCAUAGCCACUCAGAAAUAGAGAACCAUCAUGAACAAGAGGACACCACUGCCUUUUGACAAAUCCCUUGUAGAAAUGGAGAUGCCCAAAGUAGAUGUGGGUUUUGGCACUGCAGGAAGUUCAGAAUCAGAAAAUCAAAGUAAGAAAAGCAUUCAGGUGUUCCUUCCCAUAGUGCCAAAUCAGGACGAUAGUGAGAUACCAGAUGACUCAUUGGAUCAGCAAGAUUUAGAGGAAAAACAAGCCAACAAGACAGAGCAGAAACAAACCAUGAGUCACCAGGAUGCUGUAUCUGAACCAGAAUCCGGUCACAGUUACUCUGAAGACUUUGAUGAAGAACACGAAACUCAAGAUGACUAUUCAACCGCUGCUAGUCAUGUGUCGCAUACCAACACCUCUGGGUCGGACAGAUCUGACUCGCCUCCUUCACAGGCUUCGACUGCUGUGGAAAAGCGCCGCGAAUCGAUGUCAAAACCAAAACGAGAUACAGCAGAAGACCGCCGGUCACCAGACUCCGUAGCGUCAGGUCGUUCCGACAGAUCCCGACACUCAGCUUUCAGUCAAGCGUCCUCGCGACCCCGCGCCGGGAGCUUUGGUCUCGGUGCGCCUCCCCCACCCACUCCCUCCAAGUCUCCCGUCAUGGGGGUACGACAAUCGUUCAAGAAGCCCACAGAUACCAGGACAUCUCCCGAUGAGGACUCACAGGGGAACAUAGACAGAAACGGAAGUAUUCGUCCACCUCCACGAAUCUUCCCAAGAGAUAGGAAGAUCUCUACAAACACUGCCUCUGUCAGUAGUUAUGUACCAUCACACUUGUCUUCUGAUAUGGAGAAUCUGAGCACAGAUGGAUCCUUAAACUUUUAGGAUUCGUUCACUAUAAUUAGAAGUGUCAUUCUUGGAGAAAAUGGGUAUCAUUUUGGUGAUAACAUAGAUGUUAUCCCACAUUUAGUAUCAAAGUUUGUCUUUGGGCUGGCAUUGCAGAGUUUUAGUCUUUGAGCUGGGCAGUAGUUGCUCAUUCUCCAUAAUAAAGGUAAGAUUGCAACUUUGGUACGAUUUGUAUACAAAACAAGUUGAAUUGUACACAUCUGGCAAUGUGGUGUUUUAUAAUCCAAAGAUGUACUACACACCAAUAUAUGUAUUCCAUUGCAAAUCUUAAGAGAGAAUUGUAACCUUUGUCAAAACAAGAAUGUUAAAA